AUGGGAAGUGGGCUCCACUUGUGUCGAGAGCUGGCCAUGCAAGCACACCCAGUGCUGGCCUGGGCCUUCCUUUGUGGGUCUCAUGGCUCUGCCCUUCUUCUCAGGAGUGCCACUGGGGAGGCCUGGCAUGAGAUCAUGCCGUCUUGUCUCAGCAACCAGGCCUGUGACGAGCACGCCAAUGCCAGUGAGUGUGGGAGCGACUUUGCCUACUUCUACUUCGUCUCUUUCAUCUUCCUUUCCUCCUUUCUGAUGUUGAACCUCUUUGUGGCCGUGAUCAUUGACAAUUUUGAGUACAUUACCCGGGACUCUUCCAUCCUAGGGCCUCACCACCUGGACGAGUUCAUCCGGGUCUCGGCUGAGUACGACCCGGCUGCGUGGUGA